UCGGCUCGGCUCACCUCAAUCCGCCUGGGGUGCGCAGCGCCCGGCUGCCAGCCCUGUGAUCGUGACUAGCCGAGGUCUGGCUGCGUGCCGGGCCAGCGAUUGUCAGGCCUCCCUAAUCUCUUCCUUCUGUUCCCACGGGCGAGCUUCUGCACAGCAGCUGAGGAAGCGUGCCAGGACAGUUGCCUCGGGGUUCCGCAGUGAUUCCUGUGCGCAGCUUCUGGGAAAGGAUCCCCCGGUCCUUCGGGACAGAGUCCUGUGCCCGGUUCUCCGGGUGGCGUGGGGGGCACUUGGCUCUUCUCACCCCAGUGGAGCUCAGUGACGAGCUUGGAGGACAAAAGCCUCUGAGGCUGCUUGCUGUCCCUACUUUUCCAUUUUCGGCUGAAACAAACGUCUUGGUCAAGCCUUGUGGUGCCUAGCACUUGUACACAGUGCUGCGUUACAUACAUCAGCCCCCUGCUAUCCUGACUCUUGUAGCUGUUGGAUUUCUCCCAAGCAGUCUGCUGUCAGGCCACCGGGAAGGCUUGGGUAAAGGCUUCUGAGACCCCAUCAGAUGUCCCCUGUGUAGCAUGGAGAGCAGAGUUCCAGUGUUGAUUGCCUAAUCUCCAGCACUGACCAGCGAUGCCAUCAGCUAUGGAGGGCUCAGAGGGGGGAGAAGAAGGGGAAAUCUUGCACUAUGAGGAAACAGAAGAUGACAACGUCAGUCCCACUGACCUUUCAGAGCUGCUGAAGGAGGGGACUAAGGAAUCCCACGACCAUGCGGAGAACACUCAGUUUGUCAAAGACUUUCUGAAAGGACGGAUCAAGAAGGAGCUCUUCAAGCUGGCCACGGCGGCACUUUACUUCACAUACUCUGCUCUGGAAGAGGAAAUAGAUCGCAACAAGGACAACCCAGUCUUUGCUCCUCUGUAUUUCCCCCUAGAGCUUCACCGGAGAGAAGCGUUGGUCAAAGACCUGAAAUACUUCUAUGGAGAAGACUGGAAAGAGAAGAUCCAGUGUUCAGAGGCAACUCAGCACUAUGUCGACAGAAUCCAUCAUGUGGGACAGCACGAGCCAGAGCUGCUAGUGGCUCAUGCUUACACACGCUAUAUGGGAGACCUCUCAGGUGGCCAAGUGCUGAAGAAGGUAGCCCAGAGGGCCUUGAAGUUGCCCAGUACUGAGGAAGGGAUCCAAUUCUACAUGUUUGACAAUGUUUCCAAUGCACAGCAGUUCAAGCAGCUCUACAGAGCAAGGAUGAAUGCUCUAGACUUGGACAGGAACACCAGGGAAAGGAUUGUGGAAGAGGCCAACCGAGCCUUCAGACUCAACAUGCAGGUAUUUGAUGAACUGGACAAGAUUGGCAGGUCGCUGACAGAAGAAGCCCAGGACGGAGGCCUUCCAGUCCACGACGGAAAAGGAGACCUACGCAAAUGCCCUUACUACACAGACAAACUAGGCAAGGCAGGACCCGGCUGCCCCUGUCACGCUGCCAUGGCCCUGGCAAAGCAGCCCCUAGUGCAGCUGAUCCUGGCAGCCUGCGUGGCUGUGGCAGCAGGAGCAGCAGCCUGGUACAUCAUGUGAUGCGAAGAGCGGCGUGUGGCUCUAAAUGGUGGCAAGGGGAGAGGCAUGCGCCCUGUUCUUCUUCAAACUGUUCCCUUGCUGUUGGUGGUGAGUUGGCUGCAGGGUGGAAGUAAGAAAAUAAACAGGAAUCCUGCGGGACUGUCAAAGACUUUCCACACCAAUAAUGCAAGCAUUGUAAUAUAAUGUCUUUAGCUGA